GAACUGGUACCUAAGGAAGGACUACGAAUCCCAGCAAGCAGUUCGCAACGCAAGCGCGGAGGAGGAGGAGCGCUGGGCCGUCGGGCCCGGCCGAGCCAGGCAGGGGCAGCACCGGGCGCGGGGCCAUGGGGAAGCGUUACUUCUGUGACUACUGCGACCGCUCCUUCCAGGACAACCUCCACAACCGCAAGAAGCACCUGAAUGGGCUGCAGCACCUCAAGGCCAAGAAGGCCUGGUACGACAUGUUCCGAGAGGGUCUCAGGCUUGGCUGCACGCUGGCGUCACCUGGGGAACAUGAUGCUGAGGCCACUCCCUACCCCACUUUCCCAGCAGGUCCAUGUGCCAUCAGAUGGGGAAACGGAGGCCCGGAGAGGUUAAACACCUGGCCUGUGGUCAUGGACAUCUGGACUCCGAAGCCGCUGGUCUUGCCAUGGCCCUCAGCCCCCAGCGGAGCCCUCCCUGCCAGAGCAGCGAGUAACUGUCUCCCCCUUGCAGGCCAGUGUGACUUCGGCCCCAACUGCAGAUUUUCCCACAUGUCCGAGCGAGACCUGCAGGAGCUAAGUAUCCAGGUGGAGGAGGAGCGGCGGGCCAGGGAGUGGCCUCUGGACAUCGCUGACCUCCCCGAGGGCCAUCUGGAGGACUGGCUGGAGGAGAGAGCCAAGCGGCUGAGCUCGGCCCCGAGCAGCAGGGCUGAGCCCAGCAGAGCCACCGUCUUCCAGUACCCAGUCGGCUGGCCACCCGUCCAGGAGCUGCCGCCAUCUCUGCGGGCACCCCCACCGGGGGGGUGGCCCCUGCAGCCCCGCGUCCAGUGGGGCUAGUCCCUCAUCCACCCUGGCCCCUCCGGGUCAGCUCCCACUGCAGUCACAGUAAAAAUAAGGGCUCCUGCUGGGGACGCUGGGGUCCCCUCCUGCUGUGCCCCUCGGAGCCUCUGAAGCCAUUAGCUUGGCCUGGCCUGGCCCGGCUGAGGCGCAGGAGCGCCCCCACCCGGUGCAGCCCUGGCCCUGGCCAGUCAGCGCCACCCUCCCUCCCUCAUGGGAUGUCUGAGACGGGUGAGGAAACUUCCUGCUGGAUGUUUAUAAACAAAGUGUCACUACGGCGA